AUGACUUCCCGUGUCACAGUUCAACAGGUUAUGGGCCGCACUUCGGCUUAUAUUAAUCUUACUUCCUCUGAAAAACUCACUCCUCUCAACUAUCAUGUCUGGGCUACUAAGAUCCUUUUGGGUCUUCGUGCUAUGAAUAAUGGUGUCCACCUUUAUGUCGAAGCUGGUACUGUCAAUCCAGCUGCUAAUGAAUCCCUCGAAGACCUCACCGCCUCGCUUGAUACCGUCGUCCAUGAUGUCAUCCUCAACAAUAUUUCUCCUGAGUUGAUCGAACAUGUUAAUGAUGUGGCCAUUAGAGGCCGUGACCUCUGGCUUUACCUUCAUCAGGAGUAUAGUCAACUUCAACCCGCCGAUGUCAUCUCACUUAUGAAAUCCCUCUAUGCUGGCAAUAUUGAUGUUGGUCCAAAGUUUGUUUCUUCUGUUCGCUCUUAUGUUGCUACGUGGCGUUCCAUCUACCAAUCAUUGUCGCCUGAUUCGGUUGUGGCCUUCAACGCUUUGGCCUCAAUGGGUCCCAAUUGUGAGCGCUUCAUCCAGUACGCCUUGGAGCACCGCUUUGAUAGUAACAACAAUACUGACAACCUUGAUAUCAACAACUUCAUCCGGAACACUGAUAAAUGGGCCAAGUUGUUGAAGAUUACUGGACCUCCUGCUACUCUUUCGACUGAAGCGUUCGUUGCUUCAUCAAAGAAGUACAAUAACAAAUCUAAGGGUGAUGGUAUCAAAUGUUUCCGUUGUAAGAGGCGUGGUCAUACUUCCAACAAUUGUCAUGUCUCUUGGGAAGAGGUUCAGGCUGCUCGCCAAGAUAAUAAGGAUGACAAGGAAUCUAAGGAGGCUAAAACCUCAAGAGGUUGGUUUGCUGAGACUAUUGAUGAAUUUUCUGAGAUAGUUGAUGAUGAUCCAUUUCCGUGUGUCGGCGAUGAAGAUUGUUUUGUUGGUCAAGUUUCUGAGUAUUGUUCAAACUCAGGACUUGAUAUUGAUUCAGUUGGUAAACCGUUUGUUAGUUCCACUGAUGAUUCUUGUUUUAAUUCUGAACCGUAUGUCGGUUCUACUGUUGUUUGUUUGGAGUCUGAACCGUGUGUCAGUUCAGCUCCUAUUUGUUUUGAUUCUGAAUCGUUGGUCGAUUCGGAUAUUGUUCCUUUUGAUUCUGAACCGUUGGUCGGUUCUUCUUUUAUUUCUUGUUCUGAUUCUAAACCGUUGGUCGGUUCUGAUGAUGAUAUUGUCUUACCUUCUUUUGAUUUUUUGGUGGAUUCAAUUACUGAACCUUCUCCACCUAAUGUUAAACCUAUUGUUACACCAAAAUCCCGUUUUUCUCCAUUCUUUUACUUAUCUUUUGUUACCAUCAUGUUGUUUUCCUUGAUUUUAAUUGUCGUCUGGCAUCCUUCUUCAAUCUUGGAUUUAAGUCAUUCAGUCCAUCACGUUUUUGUUGCUGAAUCUACUACUUCUGCUGAGGCCAACUUAGUUGUUGGGUCUGAUUCUUUUGACUUUAUCCAUGAUACUGGUGCUACCAGUCACAUUUGCAAUAACAUCUCAUAUUUUUCUUCUCUUCGUCCCACUUCGGCUACCAUUCGUGGUCUUGGUUCUGCUACUGCUGAGGGGUUGGCGACAUUGUCGUUGAUCUUCUUGAUUCCUCGCAAUUUAUUUGCUGCUCGUCGAGCUACUGCUGGUGGUUGUCGGUUCAUUCAAGACCUUAACCAUAUUUCUGCUGUUGAAAAUGGCAAAACUCGAGUCCACGCCAUUGCCAUGGGUGACUUGUACUUUUGUCGUUUCCGAGUUGUUUUGCCUUCCAAGCCUGUCCAUGAGGUGUUUGCUGUUGAGUCGUCUGCCAAUCUUUGGCACAAGCGACUUGGUCACGCCAGUGUGGACGUUCUCAAGAAAUUAUCUAAGUCACUUUCUGUCAAGCCUACUCAUUUUGAGGUUGUGGAUAGUCAUAAGUGUGACGCUUGCUUGGGUGGCAAAGCCACAGCAUUGCCAUUUAAUGGUACCACAGAAAAAGCUAGUCGUCCUUUGGAGUUAUUUGUUUCUGAUUUAAGCGGUCCUCAUGUCGCUACCCUGUACUCUUAUGUGGAGUUGUUGGUUAGGAAAAGUGAUGCAAGUCUUGCCAUUCGUAACUUUAUUGCUAGGUGUGAAUCUUAUUUUUCUGGUGAUUCUGCUGGUGAUCGAGUUGCAUAUUUUCAUUCUGAUAAUGGCGGCGAAUACAUUUCCAAAGACCUGGAACAGUUCUUUGUGUCUAAGGGUAUCAAGCAUACUUAUACAGUUCCUCAUACUCCUCAACAAAAUGGUGUUGCUGAGCGAUUGAAUCGCACAUUAUUUGAGAAAGCCAAGUCUAUGCUUUUAUAUGCUCAUGCUCCUGAGUAUUUAUGGGGUGAAGCUGUCAAGUCUGCUAAUUAUAUUAGGAACCGUCUUCCUAGUCGUACCACUGGUGGUGUUGCACCUCUUCAACUUUGGACUGGUAAACCUCCUAGUUAUCACCAUAUGAAAGUAUUUGGUUGUCAAGCUACAGUUGUUCUUCCUGGUGCUAAAAGAGAAUCUAAGUUAAGUUCAAAUACUGAAGCUGGUGUUUUUGUUGGGUAUUCUUUGGAUCGUACAGCUUAUCGAGUUCUUCUUGAUUCAAGCAUUGUUGAAGCCAGGAGUGUUUACUUUGAUGAGUCCAAGUUUCCAUUUAUGAAAAGUGAUAAGGACUUGUCUAUUAAUGGUACUGGUGUUGGGUUUAGUAUUGGUUCUGGUUCAGGGUCCAUGUCAGGACCUUGUUUUGAUUCUAAGGGGACUGGUUUAGGAUCUAAUGUUAGGGUUAAUUCCAUUGCUAGUUCUGAUUCAAGUUCUGGUUCUAGUUUUGGGUCUCAUAGAUCUUUACCAGCAUCCUCAUCUGGUUCUGGUUCUGGUUCUGGUUCUGGUUCUGGUUCUAUUUGUGCUUUACCGUCUCCGUCUCUGUCUUCUUCUCCGUCUCAUUCUCCGUCGCCGCCUCCUUCUUCUUCUUCAUCUUCUAUUAUUGUUCAUAAGCCUCGUUCUGUUCGUCGCAUUUUGUCUACACCUUCUGCUCCUCUUGAGUCUCCUACUCUUCCUACUCUUCCUUCUAUUUCUUUAGUUCCAUCUCUUCCUAGUUCUCCUAUUCUUCCACCUUCAGAUCAUGAUGUCUCUAUAUCUUCUGACUCUAGUCCUAUUGUUUCUUCUUCGGAAUAUAUUCCUUCACAAUUAGACUUAUCUGAAGCUGGUCCAUCUAUUAAUGAAUCUGAUAUUUCAGGUGAUUCUGGGAUCUCGCAACGAGGGGGUGAUAUUGGGUUUCAACCGUCUAUCAUUGCUUCGUCUCCCACUCCACCACCUUCUGUUGAAUUGGAAGUAGUGCCACUUAGUCAAGAAUCUCCUUCGUCUGAUCUUGUUAAUUCUCUUGACCAAGCUGGUGUUAGUGUUGUCACUAAGGAUGAUACUCAAGCUGUUUUGCCUAAAUCUCGAUCUCGUGUUGUUGCUGUUCGUUUACCUUCUAUAACUCCUGCCAAACGCCCGAGUCCUGAUGACAUUGUUUCACCUCCUUCUAAACAUCUUUGUGAAAAUUCUUUGAAACAAUCUCCAGUGUCUGCAACACCUGCAAAACGUCCAGCUGAAGAAGAGUGUAUUUCUUAUCGUCGUCUCAAAUCUCUCCGCUUUGAUGAAGAAGCUGAGUUUUGGCUUGAAGCCUGUGUUAUUGAAAUGUCGUCUCUUAAACGCAAUGGUACUUGGGAAUUGGUUGAUCUCCCACCUGGUCGCAAGGCUAUCAAUAGCAAAUGGGUGUUUAAAGUUAAGCGCAAAGCUGACGGUUCAAUUGAACGUUACAAAGCUCGUCUCGUGUGUAUUGGAUUUUCGCAAGUUGAAGGUAUUGAUUAUACUGAAACUUUUGCUCCUGUUGUUCGUUACGAGACUGUAAGGAUUGUUCUUGCUAUUGCUGCUCAGUUUGGGUUCCAGGUUCAUCAUAUGGAUGUCGAGACUGCAUUUCUUAAUGGUGAUCUCAAAGAAGAUAUUUAUAUGAGACAACCUAAAGGCUUUGUUGUCAAAGGUCAGGAAUCUAAAGUGUGUCAUUUGAAGAAGUCUUUAUAUGGUUUAAAGCAAGCUCCUUUGUGUUGGAAUGAGAAGAUUCAUGGUGCUCUUGUCAAACUUGGGUUUAUUCGUAAUGAAAGUGACUACGGUGUGUAUACCAAAGGAUCUGGGUCUACCAUGGUUAUUAUUGCACUGUAUGUUGAUGAUUUACUUAUUUCUGGCAAUUCUUCUGAGGUCAUUGCCAAAACCAAGUCUUCUUUGUCAUCUAUGUUUAAGAUGAAAGACUUGGGCCCAGUCGAGCAGUUCCUUGGCAUGAGAGUUAAGCAGUCACCUUACCAUAUUACUGUGGAUGUUUCGCGUUAUAUUUUUGAUAUGUUGGAGGAGUUUGGUAUGCAGAAUUGUUCAAGUGUCAAGACUCCUUUACCCACUCGUGAUCUUUCUGAUUUUUCCGAGUCUGACUCUGCUACCGAUGCCUCCAUGUAUCGCAGUAUUAUUGGUAAGCUGAUUUAUGCUGCUAAUUGUGCUCGUCCUGAUCUUGCUGUUGCUGUUAGCUUUCUUUGUCGAUAUAUGCAGAAUCCUAAGUCUAUUCAUAUGGAAGCUGCUAAGCAUACUCUUCGUUAUCUUAAGGGUACUGCUGAACUUGGUCUUGAAUAUCGAGCUCAGAAAGUCUACAAGCUUGUUGGCUAUAGUGAUGCCGACUAUGCACAGGACAAGCAGGACCGUAAGUCCUUUACUGGGUAUGUUUUUAUUCUGUCUGGUGGUCCCAUUACUUGGGCUUGUCGAAAGCAAGUUAGUCCUGCAUCGUCCAGCGUCGAGUCUGAGUAUAUGUCAUUGUCUGAUGCGUCUAAGGAAUGCUUCUGGAUUAAUCAGUUGUUGUCCCUUUGCAAGAUUCCUGUUCCGUUGCCAGUGACUAUGUUUGAGGACAAUCAGGGAUGUAUUGCAUUGGCUCAGAACCCAGUGUUUCAUCGUCGCACCAAGCAUAUUGAUGUUCGUUAUCAUGUUGUGCGUCACUAUAUUCGCAGUGGAGUGAUUCAUCUGGAGUAUCUUGAUACUCAAGUGAUGUUGGCAGAUAUGUUCACUAAGAAUCUUGGUCGUGUGAAGUUUGAGACAUUGAGGGGACUACUUGGCAUGAAGGCAGUAGGUGAUUCUGCGACAAGGGGAGGUGUUGAGCAUGCAAUGUUGUCGCAGACUAGUGCAGUUGAUAAUGCACGUGAGUUUGGGUGGGAAACUAUGGUUGACAAUCUAUGUUUAUUUUAG